UGCAAAUUAGGGAACCCAAAUUUAACCUGAAUCUAUAUCUCUGAUCUCUCCCUUCUCUCUCGACUCUCCUCUCACGGUCUCCACCAUCCUCCUCGCCUCCUAUCUCUGUUGCCGCCCCCACCACUCCCCCAUUGCCCCCAACAGCAACCACCACCACCACCACCGCAGCAACCACACACCUCGACGCCUGGCUGAAGCUGAACGGCUCGUGCCCGGUUUCCAGGAACUUGCCGCUGCCAACCCCGCUGUCAACCCCGCUGUCCACGCCGCUCUCGGAGGUCGUUUCACUCUCGCAGUACGCCGUGGAUCGGAGGCGGAGGAGGUGAUAAGAUUUCUGAGAAGUUGUGAACUGAAGAUGGUGAAGUUGACGAUGAUUGCUCGCGUUACUGAUGGUCUUCCACUGGCAGAGGGGCUUGAUGAUGGCCGCGAUUCAAACGAUGCUGAAUUCUACAAACAGCAAGUCAAGGCGUUGUUUAAAAACCUCUCAAGGGGCCAGAAUGAGGCUUCAAGGAUGUCAAUUGAAACUGGCCCUUAUAUUUUUCAUUACAUAAUUGAUGGACGCGUUUGCUACUUGACAAUGUGUGACCGUGCUUAUCCUAAGAAACUUGCCUUUCAAUACCUUGAAGACCUCAAGAAUGAAUUUCAGCGUGUUAAUGGGCCUCAAAUUGAAACUGCUGCCAGACCUUAUGCCUUCAUUAAAUUUGACACAUUCAUACAGAAAACGAAGAAAUUGUAUCAGGACACUCGUACUCAGCGGAAUAUUUCAAAGUUGAAUGAUGAACUCUAUGAAGUCCACCAAAUAAUGACUCGCAAUGUUCAGGAAGUUCUUGGUGUUGGUGAAAAGUUGGAUCAGGUCAGUGAAAUGUCAAGUCGAUUAACAUCAGAAUCUCGUAUAUAUGCUGAUAAGGCAAGAGACUUAAACCGACAGGCAUUAAUACGAAAGUGGGCCCCUGUUGCCAUUGUGUUAGGAGUGGUCUUCCUCCUCUUCUGGGUCAAAACAAAGAUCUGGUGAUCACACUGAUCAUUCUGAAAACUGUUGCGGAUUUUCUCUGUGCUUCUUGUGGCAUUAUAGUCUACACCCCAAAUCUUGUUGUCAUCCACAUAUAUACUUGAAUUGUGUUUCAAAAUGAACUCUUCUCUUAUGUUGACGGAUUAUGUUACGGAAAGUAGUCUGGUAGGUACCUUUAACACCAGAUAAAGAGCCAAAAUAUAUUGAUCGGAAAUAUGAGAGAUGUUAUUAUUACUUGCUACUUUUUAA